ACAUGUUAUAUUUCUAAAGUCGGAUGAUUUUAAAAUUAUUUCGUCUACAAAAAAAAUGUUUUAUUAUUUUAAAGAUGGCUUCCGAAGCUACUGCGGAAUCAUCCAAACAGGAAAUAAACUUUGAUAUUGAGUUUGAUGAUUCAGAGUUUCAGUCCGAUCUACCUGUGAUAGAUGCACCUCCUACACUAGAGAGUAUUCUGAAUGAAGAUGAGGCGACUUCCAUUUUGGAGGAUGAUGCUAUCUCCAUUCCAUCGUCUAUUCAGAUGUUCAAGGACUCACAGUCGCAGGACACUUCAUCUCUGUCCAGCCAGGACAGCUCGGCUAUUUUAGAAAAGCCAAACAAAAGGGACAGGCAUAGAAUUAAGAAGCAGAAGGCAAUUCACGGGUCUGUGUUAAAGCCAAGUCGACUGAAAAGCAUCGCAGCUCAGUUACAGUCUGCCGCAGAUAAAGUAGAUGCUGGAAUGCCCACAGCAAUGGCAGUAUCCAAUCUGAUAGCUAUUGGAACAUCUCAUGGUCUUGUCUUGGUCUUUGAUCCUAAACAAGUUUUAAAAUGGUGUUUAGGAAGCACUGCUGUUGGAGCCCAGUAUGGUGCUGUUUCUUCUCUCAGCUUUAAUAAGGAUUGUACCCGGCUUCUGAGUGGCUUCGCUAGAGGACAGAUAACCAUGUGGGAUCUCACCAAUGGAAAACUGAUUCGAACAAUCACAGAUGCCCACCCACCUGGUACAGCUGUUCUUCAUAUAAAGUUCACAGACAGUCUGGUGUUUGCAGUUUGCAGUGACAGUGGCGGUUCUGUAUUUGAACUGGAAUUCAAACGAUUGAUAGGCAUGAGAACAUGCGAGUCUAAAUGUCUCUUCUCUGGAAGCCGAGGAGAGGUUUGCGUCAUAGAACCACUUCACAUGAGCCUGGCCAGUAAAGAUCACCCAAUGCAAGAUGUCUCUAUUUUAGCCAUGGCCUCCCUGUCAAAGGUGCUGUUAGUCACUUUAACCCCACAGUUGAAGGUUGUUUUCACACAUCCGUUAAAAGGUAACCCAUCGACGCUUCCUUUGCUAGCAUGGCAGUUUGUAGUUAUACAAGUAUCGGAAAGUGACAGAGUUAUAGACCCUGUUCUAGCAUUUGCUCGAGAAUCAACAAUAUAUUUUCACCAGGUUGUGUGUACAAGUGCCCAGGAUAUAAGAUGCACAGGGCUUCAAAAGAUCUCCUUGUCUUAUAAACUACUUAAUAUCACUUGGAUGAAUACAAGAACUUUGGUUACCAUAGAUACCAGAGAGAAGAUGCAUGUGAUUGAUGUGAGGUCGGAGGAAGAGUUGGAGAUUAUUGACAUGAGUGAAGUUCAGUUAAUAUAUAAUACAAGUUUCUUUAAAUCUUUGGCCACUGGAGGAAAUGUCAGUCAAGCUUUGGCUUAUGCUGGGGACCAUGCCUGUUACCAGACAAUAGUUAGUCAUGGUGGACAAUUAUUCCUGCUGGGAACCAAAACUGUUCAUGUUUUCUCUCUCAGGACUUGGAGGGAGAGAAUUGACGUGUUGGUGAAGGAAAAUCGGUACCAGGAUGCCUUGUCCCUGGCUCUGUCAUUCUAUGAAGGCAAGGCUAAAGCUGUGGUAGGACUGCAGGGACCCAGUGCUAAGAAAAAAGAAGUGGUUGCUGAUUUGAUGCUAGAGUUGUUGUUUCAAUUCGUAGAUUUAGCUAUGACCCAGUUUUGCCCUGAGAAGGGAAAAAUUGAAGAGCUGGAGGAAUAUUAUCAGAGCAUUGUGCCAGUGUGUGUGGAUUAUUGUUUACAUUUAAACAGGAUGGAUAUACUAUUCGGUCGUAUAUACGAGAGAUUCAGUAUGGACGUUAUUGCUAUGGGAACGUUUCUUGAAUGCUUAGAGCCAUAUAUAAUCAAUGAUAGGCUGAGAACGAUGCCUCCUGUAGUAAUGAAGGAUUUUGUGACACAUUACGAGCAGAAAUCCAUGUUAGAGAGUGUGGAAGCCUGUGUUGUUCACAUGGACGUCGCCAGUCUUGAUAUUCACCAUGUUGUUCACCUAUGCUGGAGCCAUGGACUUUAUGAUGCCAUAAUAUAUGUAUAUAAUAAGGGGAUGUUUGAUUACACUACACCACUAGAGGAACUACUUUCAACUCUAAAAGCUGCUGUAGAUACUGGAAAACAGUUAUCAGAUAGUCAGAUAAAGCUGGGGAACAAGUUGCUGGUAUACAUUAGUUGUUGCCUAGCGGGGAGAGCCUAUCCUUUAGGUGAUAUACCUGAGGAAUAUGUGGGUAAAGUCAAACAUGAUGUGUUUGAAAGUCUCACCUGUCGACAGUCAAAGGGUAGUUCCCCAGAUGAGCUGCCAUACCCAUAUCUCCGUACACUUCUUGCCUUCGAUACGAGAGAAUUUCUUAAUGUCUUGGCUCUGGCAUUUGAAGAAGAGGAGUUUAAUACGACUGAGGGAAUUGCAAAGCGUCAACACACUGUUGAUAUACUGCUACAGAUAAUGGUGGAAAGUGUUGGGUUCACUCCGACUCAGGUUGGAAUACUGUUUACUUUUCUGGCAAGGCAGAUGGCAAGACAUGAAAAUACAAUUACUGUCAACAAAAUUUUAUUUGAACAGGUUUUGGAGUUUUUGUGUAAUCCGGAUGACGAGUCUAGGCACGAGGAGAGACAGCAGGCGUUAUUAGAGCUAUCACAUGCCGGGGGUCUACAGCAAGUGGACGAGGAAAGAUUUCUAUACUUGGCUGAGAGAGCUAAAUUUUACCGCGUCUGUGAGUUGUUGUAUGAGAAGAGGAGACAGUUUGACAAGAUUUUAUCCUGUUACUUGAGAGAUUAUGCUAGAAAGUACCAUGCUUUCAAUUUCAUCAUAACAAUACUAGAUAGUGGGAGAUUUUCAGCAGAAGAGAAAGCCAGUGUCCAAGCAGAAGCCCUGAAAAAUCUGGAGGAAUUGAUUUCAAUAGACAGCAAGCAAGCGGCCCAGAUGAUAGUGUCAAACCUGUCCGUAAGUUUAGCUGAUGUCGUCAAACAACUGAAAACGGAAAAACCUGUUCUGUUUGAAUUCCUUCAUGGUGUAAUGGCGUUCAGGGACACAUCUGGGAGUGCAAUUCAUACAGAAAAGCAAGUGCAUGUAGAGGCUGGUAUAUUUGAACUAUACAUCGACCUUAUGUGCGAGUUCAAGCCCCAACAAGUAGAAAAUUUCAUCAAGACGAAUGAAGGAUACAGACUCGAGGAAACUCUGGCCAUAUGCAGACGACAUCAUCGGUCAGAAGCCACUGCUUAUCUGUUAGAGAAAGCUGGAGACAUACAAGGGGCUUUUGGAAUCUAUCUUGAGAAUUUGACUGGAAAAUUAAAGAAAUUGACAGAAUGCCUACUGAAUAAAUCGGAUGAGGGAAAAGAUAGUCAGACACAGUUUGGAGAGAUACAGACAGUAUUGUUAAUGAUAGUACAAUUAUGUCAGAGAAAUUCGGGAAAAAUGGACGAAGCAUCAAGGGAGGCAUUAUGGUUCCCACUAUUGGAUGCACUCAUGGUUCCACAAAGAAGAAUCAAAGAUAUUGAUAACAAAGAUAUAUUGAAUGACUUUAAACUGCUAACUCAUCAUGUACUCAACAAUAUGAUGGGAUAUAUAGCAUUGCCAGCCAUACUUCAGAAGAUAAUGCAGGAUCCAGCAUAUAAUACUGGGAAAUUUGGCGAGAUUCGAGAGCUCAUUUUAGGAAUGUUGGAAACUUACAAUUAUGAACAG